AUGGCGGACAACGAGAAUGCUUGUAACGGAGAUGUUGUUGAUCUCAACAAUCGUGGGCUGCGCAUCGGCGCCAUUUUCAUCAUCAUGGCGGCCGCGACCUUUGGCGCAUUUGCACCAAUCCUCCUGGCUAGACAACAGAAGAUGCAUGUGCCCAAAUUCACAUUUUUCAUCUGCAAAUAUGUCGGUACUGGCGUCAUCAUAGCAACUGCCUGGAUGCAUCUGCUGGACCCAGCCGUGGAUAACCUGUCAGAUCCCUGCCUUGCUCCGCGACUCGGCGACUAUCCAUGGGCGUUGUGCAUCAGUCUAAUGACGGUCAUGGUCAUGUUUUUUGUCGAGCUUCUUGCUGCAAGAAUCGGGGAGGAUGACGAUGAGCACAGCCACUCACUGGGCUCUGAUAGCGAUUCUGACCCGUCACUGGGUAAGGGCGGUGUCCUGCGAGGACCGGAUCCAAAACAUAUUCCUGGCCUCCCCGACGAUGUGAGUUAUCCACCCGGUGGUGAGGAUCACCUCGCUCAUGGCCACGAGCACGAUGACAACGACUCUCAUGGUGGACUUGCGGGCCAGCUCACCGCCAUCUUCAUCCUUGAGUUUGGCGUUGUCUUCCACAGUGUGUUUAUUGGACUCACUCUCGGUACUACGGAGGAUCUUGUCGUACUCCUCGUCGUACUAGUUUUCCAUCAAAUGUUUGAGGGCCUCGGUCUGGGAUCUCGACUAGCAACAGCGCCCUGGCCCAAGGAUAAGCAGUGGAUGCCGUAUCUGCUUGGCUUCAUCUUUGCCAUUGCAACUCCCAUCGGGACGGCUGCGGGCAUCGGUGCGAGACCCAACAAUGCUAAUACCCAGAAGUUGGUAAAUGGCAUCUUCGACUCUAUUAGCGCAGGCAUCCUCAUGUACACCGGACUAGUUGAGCUCCUCGCUCACGAAUUUAUGUUCAACCCUCAUAUGCGCAAGGCACCCUUAAAAAUCCAGCUCUUUGCUUUUGGAUGCGUGGCUGUUGGCGUUGCGAUCAUGUCUUUGUUGGCAAAAUGGGCGUAA